GGGGAAUUCACCAAUCAGUCGCAAACGCUCUCUCAAAGAUGUUAGCGUUUCAGUUCAGUAGAAGCAGCUUGGCCAAGUUCCAGCCCCUUAACCGACUCUUUUCGCAGAAGCCCGUAACUCAGGACAAGCAAACUAAACCCUAUCGAAACCUCCAAAGUCCUACAAGGACAGCAAACUGCACACCAGAGGCUUUCCCCACAAAAUGUGAUGUGGCCAUUAUCGGUGGCGGUGGGAUGGGAUCAUCCACAGCUUACUUUCUCAAAAAGAAAGCCGGACGCGAUCUAAAUGUUGUAGUAGUGGAGCGAGAUAAUGCGUACAGUAAAGCGUCGACACCGCUAUCAGCCGGAUGCUUGCGGCAACAGUUCACCGUCCAGGAAAAUGUACUGAUGUCCCGCUUUGGGGCUCAAUUCCUGCACUCAUUCAAGUCGGAGAUCGGUGACGAAGUUGAUCCUAAUUUCAAAACUUAUGGAAAUCUGUACUUAGUGAAUGAGAAAAAUGCAGAGAAACUUGCGCAAGGAGUAGCACUCCAAAGCCAGCUUGGGGUAAAGAGUGAGCUCUUAACCAAUGACCAGUUGAAGAAAAAAUUUCCAUGGAUCAAUACAGAUGGAAUCGGCUUAGCUGCUUUCGGUUGCGUGGAUGAAGGAUGGUUUGACCCCUGGGCGCUCCUUACUGGCCUCCGAAAAAAGGCACAAGCCCUAGGAGCAGUCUAUAUUGAUGGCGAAGUGGUAGAUUUUGAAUUCAAAUCGAAAGGAGGAGCAGAAUAUGAUGCGGUAGACAAAAUCGUUGUCAGGACAGCCCAAAAUGAGCAGAAAACGAUUCAGUUCGACAAGUGCGUGCUAUCUGCAGGCGCCUUUUCAGGCGAACUAGCGAAGAAGGCGAGAAUAGGGACUGGGACUGGACUCUUGAGCACCCCAUUGCCGGUUGAGCCAAGAAAGCGAUACAUCUACGUUAUAAAUUCCCAAGGCGAAAACGCCCCACCGCCAACAGCUCCUCUAGUCCUUGAUACGUCUCAACUGUACUUCCGCCGCGAAGGUGCAAACUUCAUCACUAGUCGUUCACCAUCGAGCGACCAAGAACCUCCUAUCGACAAUCUCGAUGUCGACCUGGAUUAUUUCGAAACUAAUAUUUGGCCAUACUUGGCUCAUCGAAUUCCUGCCUUUGAAUCCUUAAAGGUAGUUGGGUCUUGGGCGGGAUAUUACGAUUAUAACACAUUUGACCAGAAUGGAGUCAUCGGGAAGCAUCCGGCAUACGAUAAUUUCUAUAUAGCGGCAGGAUUCAGUGGACAUGGGAUACAGAAGGUUCCGGCGGUUGGACGAGGAAUGGCUGAGUUGAUUGUGGACGGUGGAUUCAAAAACAUCGACUUGAGCCUGUUCCGCUUCGAACGAUUGAUCGAGAAGCGACCGGUCAAGGAGAUGGCAAUCGCCUAAAACUGUUCAAAUGAUGUAGAUGGGCAAAAAUGAUUAUUCUACAAAUUAAUAAAUAUGUUUCAUGUUAAGCAACCUUAA